UGCUCUCAUUGCUGCAUUUGCUCUUCGUACACUAGUGUACAUUCAUGCCAUUACAACAGAGGAGACGUAACCAGUUAUAUAACCAUUUCCACCCUAACCAUAUCUGGGCUGGCCCAUUUUUGUAGCUUUGCAAGCUAGCUUAGCUUGUCAGCCGCUAACAGAAGAGGAGAAAGAGCGACAAAGUCAAACACUGGACGCUGUUUUCAAGCCUCAAAUGGAGGCACGGAGAGCAGAUAUCAGUGGAGAAGCCCUCCCCCCUGAUCAGCAGGAGUGGAUCUCCAGUGUGGAGCAGGGGAGGCCACAGCCUGCCAACAUUAAAGAGGAAGAGAAGGAUCAGGUCUGGACUCAGGAGGAGGCCGACAUCAGCAAGUUCUCAGCGAUUCGUGUGAUUGUGAAGAGUGAAGACGAUGAAGAGGGAGCUCAGUGGUUGCAGCUUCAUGACAGUCCAAGUGAGGAGACAAAAAGAUCAGAAGCGGACAGCCUCAUACUUCUAUUCUCAGAUAGCGACGACACGGCGUCACACUCCCGCGACAGUGAUGAGGAGGGUUCUAAAGCCGAUAUCACAUGUCACACUGACAACAAGCACUUUAAAUGCUCUCAGUGCAACACUCAUUUUCGGGAUCGUUCAACGCUGAUCACACACUCAAGAACACACACGGGAGAGAAACUGUCACGAUGUGGGCGUCACCCCCUCGUGACAGCUCUCUUAGUUUCCUUUUUGCCUCUGUUCCAGUUUCCAUGCUCUUAUUUUGGUAACCACUUCCUUUGUUGUUCUCUUCCGUUUUCCUUACCCCUGCUCUUUUCACACACCUGCUUCUAAUUUCAUUAUCCCUAUUUAGUUCAGGUGCGUGCUCUUUCUGUUGUGGUUUCAUUUCGAAUUGUCGUUGGUUGGUACUGGCUGUUGUUUUCCUGCUGCUGCCAUUUCUGCAUUAAACCUUUUAUUUGCACUUUUGGUCCUGCUCUCUGCAUCCUGGGGUCGCAACGCAACACCGCCAAGCGCGCCCGUGACAGAAUGAAACCACCAAACGACGACCUCGCGGAGAGCGACUUUUGGACCUGGCAGAUCCUGAAGGCGAUGGAAGAGGAGUGCACUAAGUUCACUCCGGAGGAACUGGAGGACAUGGU